CCAAUCCGAAACUUAUUUCUUCAAUAUACUAUCAUUUCUAUGUUCUUUUCUUUUCCUUUCCUCUAUUUCUCUUUUUAUAAAAAGAAGAAGAAGAGGUUUUCUUCAACGGCCGACCGGUGCUGACGACCAGAUCCGGUUUGUUUUCGAUAAAUUCCUUCUAUUUCCAUGGCUGCUCCACCUGCUAGAGCUCGAGCCGAUUACGACUACCUCAUAAAGCUUCUUUUGAUCGGCGAUAGCGGUGUGGGUAAGAGUUGCCUCCUUUUGCGUUUUUCAGAUGGUUCAUUUACUACAAGUUUUAUCACUACAAUUGGAAUUGACUUUAAGAUAAGGACUAUAGAGCUUGAUGGAAAAAGGAUCAAAUUGCAAAUUUGGGAUACUGCUGGGCAAGAACGGUUUCGAACAAUUACAACUGCUUACUACCGUGGUGCCAUGGGUAUUUUACUCGUGUAUGAUGUGACUGAUGAGUCAUCUUUCAAUAACAUUAGAAAUUGGAUUCGUAAUAUUGAACAGCAUGCUUCGGACAAUGUCAACAAGAUUCUGGUGGGCAACAAGGCUGACAUGGAUGAAAGCAAAAGGGCUGUCCCUACCUCAAAGGGUCAAGCUCUUGCUGAUGAAUAUGGCAUCAAGUUCUUCGAGACUAGUGCAAAAACAAACUUAAACGUGGAGGAGGUUUUCUUCUCAAUAGCACGAGAUAUUAAGCAAAGACUUGCCGAUAGUGACUCAAAGGCUGAGCCACAGACGAUUAAGAUCAACCAACCAGACCAAGCCGGAGGUGCUGCGGCGAAUGCUCAAAAAUCGGGAUGCUGCGGGCAAUGAACGAAACUUCGUCGAGGGUACAUGUUCUUCUCUAGGGUGCUGUUUUGGUCCUUCAAAACUAAUUUGUUACGACUAUAUUAUUAUUGCUUGUAUUCUCCUGCCUAUCAUUAUGUUAUAUCUGCAACUCUGGUGUGAAAUGCUAGAUCCAUGCUAUUUUACAAAAAAAAUAUUUAUAUUAAA